GCCUCGCACCUCAAAGGGCCUCGCGUUUCAUAGGGACUUAUAAUUAACCAUAGAAAAAUAUGGGAGAAGUAUCUAUACAAAAAUUUUUGUAUCCAUGAAAUUAUUUUAUUAAAAAAAAAAUCAUAAGCAUAAAUGUUAUAUUUCGUCAUAUUUAGUCAUUACUAAAAGUACCAGAUCACACUAUGCGUUUUGUCGGUUGCCGAUCGGCAAACGACCGCGACUAUUCUAUAAUUAACAUAUAAACCGCGUUAUCGGGGCCAGACUGACCGAUUCGGCGAACCGAUUUUAUCUAAACUCGAUAACGUAAUUUCAUUUUGACAGUUGUUGUUAGUUCAAUUGGUUGUGUUUUAUCCUCGUUUCUGUAUCGAUCGAUUACCGAAAAUUAUAUUCAAUUUAAUAAUAUUUAACGAAGCAAAAAUCAUACCACACGUACCUAAGUUGUAUCAUGUCUGGAUCUAGUAGAGACAGAGAUACUGGUCGGAAAUGGGAAUCUGGUGCUUCCAAAAGAAAGAGAAAAGCUGAAAUGAUGCAAGUGAACCAAGCUAUGAGUACUAGUAUGAUGAAAUUUCUAAACAAAACCAGUACAUCAACAACUACAGACUUAGACGAACCUAAUGCCAAAAUGGAUUUAAAUGAAGGAAUUUCAAAAUACAAUGAAGAAUUGACAAAAGAAGUUGAAACUAAGUCUGAUCUUGAAACUUCUCCGCCAAUAAAUACUUUUGAAAAUAAAGAAAUUACUUUUUAUGUUAACUCUAAUAUAAAUAAUAUUUGCGAUUUAGAGAUGCACAAACAAGAAAUUGUUUUAAGUGAACCACUAAUGAGUUUAGACCCAGGGAAAUGGGUGUUUCCGUUAUCAGGUUCACAGCGUCACGAUUUAGUUCAAAAUGGUCCUCAACAGAUGCUAGAUACUUGCGAUGAAAAUUAUCCUUUAGACAAUAAUAAGAGACAUUUUUCUAACUUCCACUAUACAAGAAAAUUAAGUAAUGGCGAAACUCAACAUCGCAGAUGGCUAGUUUAUUCUCAAUCUCAAGAUAAAAUAUAUUGUUCACUAUUCCUGUCAGUACAGCUUCAGCAGAGAGAAGUUUUUCGAAGCUUAAAAUAAUUAAAAAUUACCUACGAAAUACGAUGACACAAGAAAGACUCUCAGCAUUAGCAGUUUUGUCCAUUGAAACGAAAAUUGCAAAUAAUUUAAAUUACGAAGAUAUACUUAAAACAUUUAGUGAAGCAAAAAGCCGAAAAGUCCAUUUCUUGUAAAUAAAAAAAAUGAAACUUCUAACAGUAUUAUUAAUUUAAAAAAAUAUGUAUUUAAUUUUAUAAUUAUGUUUAAAUAAAAUUAUAUUGACUACUUUGCAAAUAAAAGGUUAAUAAUUAGAGUUUAUUGUUUUAAAAAAUUGUAAAUCUUAAUAUUUAUUAAAUAACUAUUGUUACUUAAAUGUUUAUUAAAAAAAUUUUAAAAAAGGGCCUCUUUAAGUCUACUUCGCCCACAUAUUAAUUUUACCUCG